GCGCCAUCUUCCGGUCUUUUUCACGAGGCCAAGAUGGCAGAACAGACAGAAAGGUCGUUUCAAAAGCAGCCUACAGUGUUUCUGAACAAGAAGCAAAACAUUGGAAAAAAGAAGGCUCUUAGACACUAUUUCAGUGUUGGUUUGGGAUUCAAAACUCCAAGAGAGGCUAUUAAUGGAAGCUACGUUGACAAGAAGUGUCCAUUCACUGGUAAUGUUCACAUUAGAGGAAGAAUCCUGUCAGGUGUGGUCCUUAAAAUGAAGAUGAUGAGGACCAUUGUUAUCAGAAGAGAUUAUCUUCAUUAUGUCAAGAAGUACAACAGAUUUGAAAAGAGGCACAAAAACAUGUCUGUCCAUUGCAGUCCAGCUUUCAGAGAUCUGGUUGUUGGAGAUGUUGUCACAGUAGGAGAGUGUCGACCUCUGAGUAAAACAGUACGAUUCAAUGUUAUUGGUAUCAAGAAGACAGGUUCCUCCAAAAAAGGAUUUAGAAAAUUCUAAAUAAAAAAAUGGACAUGUA